GGAAGCUUUUAGCUGUUGAUGACCUAAACCGGUAAAGCGUAACAGUCCCGGAUGGAUUUGCUGUUUUUCGGUUAAUGAAGGGUUAGGUUAAAUGCAAUCCUACGUUUAACAAGUCUGUAUGCAUUAAAACAUGGCCGCAUUUUCCUGUGAUUAUGAUAUUGAGGAAAUUAAAGACCUUGGCUACACAGAAUGUCUGGCGAUUCUGGAUGACAAUGACAUAGAUAUCAAGGCCUUAGAGGAACUAGAAGAAUUACAGGAUCUCAUCGUCAAGAACUUACAGUUAAGCAGACAGUGUCAGAAUGUUGAGGCUGGAGUGUCCGUCCCCGAAGGUGCCAGCGAUGACAGCCACAUUUCAUAUACCUCGUCAGCUGACCUGAUGAACAAGAUCAUUUCCCGUGAUCAUGAGAUCAAAGUGAAACUGAAGAGUGUCUAUGACGACCUCACAGGAUUUUUCCAGAUGAGUCAGUAUACGUCUGACAGAGCGCUUCAACACGAACUGGAAAUUGAAUUCAGGAAUGUACAGAAGAUGGUGGAUGAAUACUCUGAGGAACUUAUGAACAAUGAGUGUCCUAUCGUCGUAACAGGAGAGACCAGUGCAGGGAAGAGUACCUUACUUAACUUGUUACUUGGUAGUAAGAUUCUUCCUUCCUCUCUUCGCUCCAACACUUCGACUGUCUGUCGUCUAUAUAACAACAAGCAAAAGGAAAUCAAAGUGUUCGACAAAUCGGGAGAGAAUGUAGUCCAUAGAGAAAUGUUCGAAAAUGACGUAAAAGAUGAAGUUCUAAGACAAGCGCUACAGGAGUACGUCAGCUGCGCAGACAAAUCAUAUAAAUAUGUCGACAUAUUAUGGCCGAUGCCAUUUCUGGGGGAUCAAGUGAUUAUAGUGGACACCCCGGGGGUAGGGGAGAACAGUGAGAUGACCAGUCGGUUAAUGGAUUACCUCCCGAAGGCAGUGGCCUUCAUCUACGUCAUCAACUCAGAAAACGCUGGCGGAGUACAGCAGGAUCGGUUACUAAGGAUAAUUGAAGUACAGAAACAAUGGAGAGAAGACGGCCGGAAGCAGACAUUUGACCACAACUGUACUCUUUUUGUCUGUAAUAAGUGGGACGAAGUACCGGAACAAGAGCGAGAUAAGGUGUGGAACAAUACCAAGGAAAAACUGAGAUGUUGGCCAGGCUUUACUGAGUCUCAGAUGUUUAAACUGAGUGCACUGGAGGCAGAGAGGCGAUACACAAACGGUCUGGACUACACUGAUGAUUUCAAGCUUCUUUUGAAAGGAAUUGAACAAAUGGUGCCUGCCACAUUCCAGGAAAAAGUAAAACAGCAUGCAUGGUGGCAGGAAAAGCUCCUGAAGAAGAUUAUGUUCCAUGUGACUGCACGUAUCAACAACACACGUCUCAGCCAAGAGGAGAAACGAGCGAAGAAGGAAAGGGUCGAGGAGAGGCUUCGUAGGCUUGAAUGUGAUACCGAAGAGGUCAAGAAAAAACUUAAGGACGAGGCCAAAGAAAAUUGUGACGCUGUUAGUAACAAGCUUUAUGCCUAUAUCCAUGAUCCGGAAACUGUCAAUCAGCUAAAACAGUGGGAUUCGCGCGUAGACAUACCGAAACGAGAGUCGGACCUUAGCCUCAUCGAACACGAGGCAAAGGAAAAGAUUCUUGCCAAGGUUGGACAACAAAUAAAACAAUGGUGCGAGGCAGAACAACCCUCAAAUAUAACAGUUGAACUUGCCAUCCGAUUCAAAGAGGAAUACCGUCUGCUUGAGGAACAGUGCCAGGAAAUCGACAACGUGGUUCAGGACGCGAGCAGGUCUUUGGAAAUGGAUGGCGUUGAUGAAGAAGUAGAUGAACCCUCUUAUCGCAUUCCACUCUUUGCUGGGAAAGAAAAAUUAGCUUUGGUACUCACAGCUCCCUUAUGGGUUCCAUUGAUGGCCUUAGCUUUGACGCUUGCAACACCUGUCAUGGGAGUAAUAGCAAUAAAGGAUAAUCUAAAUGAAAAACAAAUCCGGAAGAAAUACCUGGAUAAUAAAGAAGCCUUCAUGAACAAAUGGGCUGACGAAGUUUUGUCAAAGAUCACACUGAAAGCGAUAUCAACCAAACUAGAAAUGACGUAUUUAGAAAAAUUCCACGCAUGCUUAGAUCAGCUUUGUGAUAUUGUGAUCCCGCAGCAAAUCCAGUCUGACCGGGAAUUGAUUGAUAAUAUCCAGGGUGAAGAACGGCGGUCAUCGGCCAUCCGUCGUCAAUACCAACCGCUCGAGAGACGUUGUCAGGUAGUUACUGGUAAACUGCUUCUUGUACAGAUGGAGUACUUCUACGAGGAUAAAAUUGUCAACAAGAACAUAACAAAGGGAACAUGUCUUGGUAAAGGCUCCUUUGCACGUGUGUACCAAGCUGAGGUAAUAAUUGAAGACCAACCUAGGCAAGCAGCCUUGAAGUGUAUGACAGAGCCACUAGAGGUAGCUGACUCCUACUCUCAGCUGACCGAGGUCACAACACUCCUAAAAUUAUCCCACGGAUGGAUUGUGAAGAUGUACGGUAUUUCGUACGAAGAGAUAAACUCACUUAAAUAUCUCCAAAUCAUCAUGGAGCUGUGUGACUGUCCACUAUCCUCGCAGAUCUUCCCUGGAAACGACGGCAGCCCCGCCCCCGUAGUGCCAUGCAGUCAUUUCCAUCCUUUCAUCGAUGAUGCCAAGCCUUCACUUGAUUUUUUCAAGGGGGUUUCAAUGGAUGUCUGCAAGGGUUUGGUUUACAUACACAAAAAGAACUUCAUACAUCGAGACCUCAAGCCUGGCAAUAUCCUGCUUCAGAAUGGCCGUGCCAAGAUUGCUGAUUUAGGUCUGACGAAGGAACUGGACUUGAUCACAGGGACGCUUACCGGAACUCCUUGUUACGUUGCCCCGGAAGUGAUCCGAAUGAAACUGUACAGUACCGAGGUGGAUAUCUAUAGCUUCGGUAUUCUGUUAUGGGAGAUGUGGUAUGGCGCCAAGGCAUACGAAAAUGACGGUAUCGUUGGAUAUGCGAUUUUGGAGCAAGUGAAAUCUGGACACAGACCUGGCUUUAACAUCCGUAACGUCCCUCCCCCAUCUUUACAGAAGUUGAUGAAGCAAUGUUGGCACGAGGACGGGAAAAGCAGGCCACAAGCAGGGGAAGUCUUCGAUCGUUUAAAAACACAAUUUUCUUAAAGCAGAUUUGAUCAAAAGUUUCUACGGGAAUAGUCGAAGGUCCGUUUUCAAUGAACACAAAUAUAGAGGACCACGUGUAUAUGUGGUCAGUAUAUCACUGGGUCAUCUCAGUUAGCCUCUAAUAAACAGUUCCAAUUCACCAUUGACUCGUGCAGAUUGCGAGGGUAUUAGUCAGCCACCCUGGCGACAGUUUUAGUUUACUCUAUUGUAAUUAUAUAAUCAAACGAUUAUGCGCAAAAAUACGGGAAAAGGUUGAACUUCUUCAUUGUAUACCUUGCUAUAAUAUGUCGCGAAAUAAUGUCCGACCAGAAUGAGGUUGGUUUUCUUCUGUGAAGAGAGUACGAAAUAGGACGUAAAAUAAUGUUGAUUUUUUCUUCUUUGUGUCUUUUAUUUUCGGACAUUAACAAGAAGAAAGUCCUUCAGCUUUCCCCUUUGUAAUACUCAUUGUCCUCUAUAUGUAAUUAAGAACUUGUACAGCGUACUAAGAAUGCAGUAGAAAUCGAUAAGGACGUCUUAUUGUCUUCAUGAAAUUGGAGGACGUGGACGUUCUUUGAAUAUGUCUAAAACGUAGUGAAGACAUGGUCGAAUCAGGAAAUAGGGAAACCAUAAUUAGGACGUAGCGAUGACGUAGUAAAGACGGCAUUUACGUAGUGAUGACGUAGUACGGAUGGUGAUGACAUAGUAAGGAUGAUGAUGACGUCGUAAGGAUGGUGAUGACUAUUAAGAAUGAGGACGACCUAGUAAGGACGGCAUUUACGUAGUGAUGACGUAGUAAGGAUAGUGAUGACUGUAGUAAGGAUGAUGAUGACGUAGUAAGGACGGCAUUUACGUAGUGAUGACGUAGUAAGGAUGGUGAUGACGUAGUAAGGAUGGUGAUGACUGUAGUAAGGAUGAUGAUGACGUAGUAAGGACGGAGAUGAAGUGGUAAGGACGUAGUUGGGAUCGUGAUGACGUAAUACGACAUUGACGUAGUAAUGACGUAGAAAGGAUGGUGAUGACUAAGUGAUGACGUAGUAAGGACGGCAUUGACGUGGUGACGACAAAAACAAAACAAAAAACAAAACCUCAUUGGUCAUGAAUAUCAGACGACUUAGUAAGUGAACGAACGCAUGCGCAGAGAUAUCGUUGUAGUUGUAGAACGAUCGCGUAAUCAUGCGCGUGAUAAGAAAUUAAGGGAAACGUGUUGGACGUAUUUAGAGUGUGGUAGGGACGCAAUACCUGUCUAUAUUGACUAAGUUCCUGCCGCGUUCUCGAAAAUAGUGCAAUCACUAUUGUCAUUGUCUGAAUGUGGUUGGAGCUUCAGCUUUCCCGGAAAUACUUCCUUGUAUAUUUAGAUGUUCAUCUAUGUUACAGGGUAGACGGAGUUUGUGACAUGUAAGAACAUAAGAGUACCACUUAUUUUCAUUAUCAAAUGUACAUCAUUCAUAUAUAUAACAUUAUUUAAAAAUGUAUGUUUUAUAAGCUAUUCAACAUUUCUACAACGAAGAAGCAUACCCAUUGAUAAAAUUAUAUUCGAUAAAAGUAAAUAAUAAAUCAAUAUUUGAAAACCUA